AUGUCUCACCAAGAUAUCGUUCGCUCGCAAUCUAUUCGUAAUCUGACCAGCACAGGCACUUCGCACGAAGACAUUGACCUUCAAACAUUGACCGGCACCGAGACUAACAUUGCUCUCCGAGAAGAUAUAGCUCCAGAUGGAGGCUAURGCUGGAUCUGCACGGUUUGUGUCUUUCUCCUCAAUGCCCAUACUUGGGGCGUGAACGCAGCGUGGGGUGUAUUUCUUGCCUACUUUCGUACGCACGACACCUUCGCACGCGCAACACAUUUGCAAUAUGCGUUAAUCGGAGGGCUUUCCAUUUCUCAGUCCCUCAUGGUCUCUCCUCUAGUCGCCAUUAUGAAUGAAAGACUAGGAACUCGAAUCACGCUACUCGCCGGAACAAUAUUGAUAUCCUGUUCGAUGCUUGCCUCGAGUUUUGCAACACAGGUCUGGCACUUGUUCCUAGCACAGGGUGCAUGUUUCGGAUGGGGAAUGGGCAUGCUGUACAUCACCGCAUCUUCGGUCCUCCCUCAAUGGUUUCAAAGAAAGCGAAGUUUGGCCUUGGGCAUCGCAUCAUCAGGUGCCGGUGUUGGCGGUCUGGCAUACAACCUGGGAGUCGGUGCAGGCUUAGACAGCGUGGGAUGGCGUUCAACAUACCGCGUUUUGGCAAUCUCUACCUUGGUGGUCAACUUGGCUUGUGCCCUUCUCCUCAAGGACCGCAACAAGUUCGUCCUCCCGACAAGCCGCGCUUUCAACCUCCGGGAGUUUGCACAUGUCGAAACCUGGUUGAUCACUGUUUGGGGAGUCCUGACUGAGUUGGGCUACAUCACGCUGCUUUACUCACUGCCCAGUUAUGCCCUCUCUAUUGGACUAAACGCUAAACAAGGCUCAAUCACCGGUGCUGCCCUCAACCUUGGACUUGCCCUUGGAAGACCCGGAAUCGGUUACUUGUCUGACAGAUGGGGACGCAUCAACGUCGCGACCGUAUGCACAGCGCUCUGCRGUACAUUCGUCCUGGCACUCUGGGUUCCGGCAAAGUCAUAUGCACUUCUCCUGGUCUUCGCCGUCGCCAGCGGAGCGGUCACUGGGACUUUCUGGAGCUGUGUCGUUCCCGUGACGGCUGAAGUAGUUGGCAUUCGCCGUUUGCCAUCAGUCUUUGGGAUGAUUUGCUUACCUUUGGUUCUUCCGACAACUUUCGCUGAGCCAAUCGCCCUUCAAUUGGUCUCUGCUCAAGGCUACUUAAGCUCCCAAGUAUUCGUUGGGUGCAUGUUCCUGGGUGGCGCUGCUAGUGUCUGGAUUUUGAGAUCCUGGAAGAUUGCUGAAGAGGAGAAGAGGGAAACGCUGGGAGGUGUCAUGCCUCGGAUGUGGUUGACGAUGCAUGGCCUGGUCACUCUGAAGAAAGUGUAA